GAGACGGUCAUGGCUAGGUAGAGGCCGGCCCGCGCCCCGCGCAGCCUGCCAGCCGGGGCGGAGCGGCAGGUGCCGGAGGGAGGCGGGCCGGGCCGGGCCGAGCGCGGGGAGACCCGGGACCAUGGUGUCCCAGCUGAGCGCCCUGCAGCGGGAGCUCCUGGGCGCCCUGCUCAGCUCCGGGGCCACCAAGGAAGGGCUGAUCCGCGCCCUGGAGGACAUGGUGCCCGCCGCCGGCUUCGGCGUCAAGCUGGAGAGCCUGCCGCUGUCCCCCGGCGGGCCGCCCGACGGCAAGCCCGGCUUCGUCCCGCUGGCCAACGGGCACGGCAAGGGCAAGCUGUCCGGCGACGAGGGCUCGGAGGACGGCGACGACUUCGACACGCCGCAGAUCCUCCGCGAGCUGCAGGCGCUCAACACCGAGGAGGCCGUGGAGCAGCGGGCGGAGGUGGACAGGAUGAUCAGCGAGGACCCGUGGCGGGCGGCGAAGAUGAUCAAGGGCUACAUGCAGCAGCACAACAUCCCGCAGCGCGAGGUGGUGGACGUCACCGGCCUCAACCAGUCGCACCUCUCGCAGCACCUCAACAAGGGCACCCCCAUGAAGACACAGAAGCGGGCCGCCCUCUACACGUGGUACGUCCGCAAGCAGCGGGAGAUCCUGCGGCAGUUCAACCAGACAGUCCAGGGGUGUGGAAAUAGGACAGACAAAAGCAGUCAGGAUCAGCUGCUGUUUCUCUUUCCAGAGUUCAAUCAGCAGAACCAGGGGGCUGGCCAGCUCGACGAUGCCUGCGCCGAAACCCCCAGCAAGAAGAUGCGCCGCAACCGCUUCAAGUGGGGGCCGGCCUCCCAGCAAAUCUUGUACCAAGCUUACGACCGCCAAAAGAACCCCAGCAAGGAGGAGCGGGAGGCGCUGGUGGAGGAGUGCAACAGGGCCGAGUGUCUGCAGCGAGGGGUGUCACCCUCCAAGGCGCAUGGGCUCGGCUCCAACCUGGUGACGGAGGUGCGUGUCUACAACUGGUUCGCCAACCGGCGGAAGGAGGAGGCUUUCCGCCAGAAGUUGGCCAUGGACGCCUACAGCUCGAGCCAGCCCCCGCACAGCAUGAACCUGCUGCUGUCCCACGGCUCCCCGCACCACAACCAGCCCAGCGCCUCGCCGCCCAGCAAGAUGCCAGGGGUCCGGUACAGCCAGGGGGCGAGCAGCGAGGCGGCAUCCUCCGGGGCCAUCAGCCACCACGGCAGCGGUGCCAUGGUCACCACCAGCCAGGCGGUCCUGCAGCAGGUCUCCCCAGCCGGCUUGGACCCGGGCCACGGUUUGCUCUCUCCCGACGGUAAAAUGAUCUCUGUGUCAGGUGGUGGGCUGCCGCCAGUGAGCACCCUGACCAACAUCCACAGCCUGUCCCACCACAACCCGCAGCAGUCCCAGAACCUCAUCAUGACGCCGCUCUCAGGAGUCAUGGCCAUUGCACAGAGUCUGAACACCUCACAGGCGCAGAGCGUCCCUGUCAUCAACAGUGUGGCUGGCAGCUUGGCGGCCCUGCAGCCGGUGCAGUUCUCUCAGCAGCUGCACAGCCCGCACCAGCAGCCACUCAUGCAGCAGUCGCCCAGCCACAUGGCCCAGCAGCCCUUCAUGGCCACCGUCACCCAGCUGCAGAACUCGCACAUGUAUGCACACAAGCAGGAGCCCCCCCAGUAUUCCCACACCUCCCGCUUCCCCUCAGCGAUGGUGGUGACAGACACCAGCAGCAUCAGCACGCUCACCAACAUGUCUUCCAGCAAGCAGUGUCCCCUGCAAGCCUGGUGAUGCUCCACACCUCGCUGCCUUUGCACAUAGCAACAGGAACUUAUUUUCCACAACAUCCCGCUGGUGACCCACGCGCCGAGCCAGAGCGAAGCUCAGCGCCGCAGCGAGGAGCUCAUUACCCCGACACGCAGCCGGAGCCUCGCGACCCCGCGCCGGGGACCAGCCCGAGCCCCAGCCCGAACCACGGGACCGUGCCUCUCCUCCCCUCUGCGCAGUAUUUCUGAGACGUGUCCUGUGGAUUGUAUUUUUCCUAAGUAUUUGCCUCCCAAGAGGCCAUUGGCUCUCCCGAGGAAAUAGGAACAAGCUGUACUGGGACGUGGCAGAAGAUGGAUCGUAUUUAAGUUAUACUCCUCCACCUGACGACGGACCGAGAGGGACCCGGGUCUGUUACUUGGCGUUUGGAAGGAGGAAUCUCGUGCUGUUGAACUGAGCCAGUUAAACUGUAAAUAUAGGUACAGUCUGCUCCACCCUCACCCAUCCCCACUCCUAUACAUAGAGAUUUAUAUAAAAGAAGUAAAUUUUGUCCAAUUGAUGUAAACUAUUGUAAUUAAGUGCAAUUCCCCCAUCUGUAUAUAUUGUUCCUGCAUUUCUUCUCUCCCCCCAGUCUUAUUUUUUAUUUUUUGGUAAAGGUCAGAGCUGAGCACGGUUUUGGUUUUGUAUUUUCUUUCUUCCCUCAAUGGAGUUAAUUCAUGAAGAAAGCCCUGUGCCUACACAGGGACACCAGCACCACUCCAUGCCCUGUGGAGGGACAUCCACCGAGCUAAGCCCCGGCAGCUGACCCCAGGACUGGGUGACAUGGGGAGCUCAGGGGACUCUCCUGUGUUUGGGAACAUAGAGUAGCGCUGCCAUGGGGUGGGCCACUCCGUAGCCAGUGCAUGUCCCAGCCUGGCACCCGCUGGGGACACUGCGCUGUGCACUGCCAGAGCCUUGCCUUGCUGCAUCUACCUGAGUCUGACUUCCCAAAGCUGUGAAAGGCAUGGGACAUGAGCUCCCCCAUGCCCACAUCCCUUUGGAAAUGGAUCUAAUGCUCCUCGGUUGUUCAAAUUUUUCUUAAACUUUGUCAUAUGUGCCAAAUGCUGAGAGUGCUUUAAAGAGGCGAAGAGCAGUGGAGGUGCCUGUGGACAGUCAACCACUGCUCAGAAGAACACUGGAUGCUUUUUCUGGGGCAAGAGAGGCUCUUUUAUUGUGUAUUUGUACAAUAAACCUUGUCAGGACUGAUAGGAGCAACCCUAUGGGGAAUAAGUCAUCAUGAAUCAGAGACUGAUAUUCAAAUUACAUUUAAUUUAAUGUAUACCAUAAUUAAAAACCAUUUUUUCAGA